CACGCCACACUGCUUCUCUGCAAGAACAGCUUAAACAAGUGUUGCAAUGGAGGGAACUGAGUCAACAACAAGAGAGAGAUCAACAGCAAAGGAUGGGAACAAGGCAGCAGACCAAGAGGUGCUGAUGUCCAGCAAACCGCUGCAUCGCUUCGUCCAAAGAGAGCCCAGAGAUGUUGGGAUUGCCAUUCUGAUCUUUGGCUGUGCCGAGGUGAUGAUGGGAUUUACGCUGUCCGGGGAGAGUGAUGCGAUUGCUUCUUUUGGAAUCUACAUUUCCUUCUGGCAGGGAACUCUGUUUCUUGUCUGUGGAAGCCUGUCUAUCUACACUGAGUUACGUCCAUCCAAGAAGAUGGUGACUGUGUGUUUGUCUAUGUAUGUGGUUUCCCUUCUUGGGAUCAUUGUCUCUUUUGGCUACAGGAUACGUCUUUUCUUCUAUUUAACGUACAUUACGUUCUAUCGGAGGGAGUCUUUAAGCCUGCAGAGAUUGCACCAGAUGUGUGCGAUUGAAGCCCUUUUGUUCACUUGCUCUCUGUUUGUGGCGGGUCUUCUCAUUUUCUUGUGUGUCAUCGCACGUUUGGCUCUCAAAUCCACACGCACUCAGAUUAUUGUCCGGCACAUCCCGGCUCCACCGACCGACACGACUGCAACUUAAUCUCAUCCUUGUGAAGUAUUAUCGUUAUAGUAUUAUCCAUAACACUGGUUUUCCUGCAGCACACUAACUCCUGUACAGUAUAUCACAUGUGAAUGUUACACCCAGAGGCUCAUCUUUAAGCCCCAGCUUCUUCUCUUAGCACAGUACAAGAGUGUGUAUUGCAUUAUAACCACAUUUAUUUGCUUUUGUUAAAGCUUGUUUUGGAAUCUAAAAGAUUCCUGUCUUCUCAUGUGAGAAAAAUAUUUGACAUGCACUUAUUAAAGGUGGGUUAUGUAAUUUAUUUCAGAAACACUUUUUGUUAUAUUCCAUGGAAUGCUCUUAACAUCCCGAUAGCAAUUAAUACAUUAAAUGCUUUGACAAUAAAUACAUUUAAAAAAUCAAUCUGUGGAAGGAAGCCGUAGCGCUGUAAAAAGCACGACCAAUCAUCUGAGCCGGCCCGGCUAAAAUAACUGGAUGGCCUACCUGCCUGUCAGCCUUCCAUCUGUGCACAAACUUAUCUCGUGCCCUCUAUUAUGGGCUCAGAACUAUGGGCUCAGAACAGUCUCAUAAUACACACAUCCAUACUCAUUGGUCAUGUGCGCGUUCGUGUGUGUUGGAGGAGGGGCUCAUAAGGAAGUCUGAAGGAAGAGGCAGAUUUUUUCCGGUUGUGUACUUUCAAAUUCUAGCGCACUCGAGCUGGUUUCUCCAAAAUUACAUACCCCACCUUUAAGGGAUUAAAGUUACCACUAUUAUCUGAAGGAAAGCUUAUAUGUAUUUACUGUACGGGUCAUACAGUAGUAAACUAAAGCUAAGGCCAUUACUUUGAAUUAAAGCCUCGAGGCAAACAGGGCUGAUACUGAUCACUGAUACAUACACCAAUAUGUAAAGUAUUGUAACAGUACUGUUAUUGUAAUUUAUAUAAAUAUAAAGAAUUAUAUCAAAAUACAUCAACAUAUGUGAUUAUUAUCUACAUUACCUGAAUUAUUUUUAAUGUGCAGAAAAUGAGCAUCGUUUUGAACUGCAGCUUUUGAUAAUCAUUGUGAACCUCUUUAUAUAUUUGAUAUACUGAGCUGCAAAUAUUUCUGCUUUGUGAUUUAGUUGCAGCACAGCAGAUCCACCUGGGAUUGCCACUUUAGAGGAAUUACAGUAUGUUUUAAUACAUUUGGCUUUUUAUAUCCUCGGACACAAACAUCCAGCAUUAUUUUUUUAAGCUUAUGACUUCAAUAUAGUUCACCAUUUUCAUCUAUACGACUUUGAAACAUGUUGCCACUUUGGGCCUUUGAAUGUGUGAAAAACAAAUAUUUUUGAUUUAGGUUGAGCUUAUAUGUGCACUAAAUGUAAUGUAUAUUG